AUGCUCCAGGGUCCCACUGCUGGCCGACUGCUCUUGGUGCCGGCGCUGGGCGGCAGCGGUGUGCAGAACCGCUCCCGCAAUCGAGUAGGUUGCGCAGCCCGAGUCCCCGGGACCGGCUCCCAGGCUGAUACAGUGUGUUCCAAUGGAGAGAUAGUUGGAGUUGACGUUGAAAUUGCCAAACAGUCUGUGACUAUCAAGACCAUGUUGGAGGAUUUGGGAAUGGAUGAUGAAGGAGAUAAUGACCCAGUUCCUCUACCAAAUGUUAAGGCAGCAGUAUUAAAAAAGGUCAUUCAGUGGUGCACCCACCACAAGCAUGAUCCCCUUCCUCCCACAGAUAAUGAGAACAAAGAAAAGUGGACAGAUGAUAUCCCUGUUUGGGACCAAGAAUUCCUGAUAGUUGACCAAGGAAUACUUUUUGAACUUAUUCUGGCUGCGAACUACUUAGACAUCAAAGGUUUGCUUGAUGUUACAUGCAAGACUGUUGUCAAUAUGAUCAAGGGGAAAUCUGAGGAGAUCUGCAAGAGCUUCAAUAUCAAAAUUGAUUUUACUGAAGAAGAGGAAGUCCAGGUAUGUAAAGAGAACCAGUGGUGUGAAGAGAAGUGA